AUGGGAUCAAUCAUACGGGCUAAUGUCUCAUUUGUACUAGAUUUCAAUCAGGGUCUCAUAGCGAUGAGUGCCAGUUUACCCAGCACGGGACUGAACGAAAGUGACAGGUCAACACGGAAGUCCGACCUUGAUACAGUCUUGAAACAGGCAAAGUCUAUUGCCCUCUUUAGUGAGAAAUAUGAGAGAGGUUCUUUCCCUGGUACGACCCAAAAUCUCCAAGAUCGUUUCAAACAAGCAAUAGAAAACGAAAUUCCAACAAAGAGCGGAAUGAAGAUUGAAUUUCGAGAUGCCCUUCCUGGGUUUACCACACUUGUGGAGGCAGAGAACACAAAAGCUCGACAGCAACUUUGUAGAACCAUCAAGAUUUGUCUAUCUAUAAUUAGGACGUCAGAGGGGAAGUUUGACUUUACAGUGGGUAUUCCAACUCAAGAUGAUCAAGAGACAAAUGAAUGGAUUGAGAAAUACCGAUCUGUCUUUGAAUGUAGUAUGGCAUGUCCUCCACACACUUCCGGUAGAGAGGUUUUAAACUCUCUGGUUAGAGAGGAGAAGGUGGCCAGUUUCCUUUGCAGUCGGGCAACUAUGAUAUGGCAACAAGCUCUUCUGGAGAAUGGAAUUUAUGCAAAAGUGAUUGUUCAAUUACUCAUGAAUGACUCUGUAAGUUCUUGGUCACUAACCCCAGUGGAUAUUGAAGCAGUCACUUCUCCUGAAGACUGGACAGGUUUCUUCAGGUUGAAGGUAAUGUGUGUUCCCGUGCUAUCUCUCAUGGGACCCAGUCUACUUGUGGUGAUCAUGAGAGCUGUUCAAGAGGCAGGAGUGCAGGAAUUUGAGAUCAAUGAGUGUCUGAAAUCAUCAAAUGAUAUUUGCAUGAACGGAGCAUUGUAG